AUGAGGGUGAAGUUUCCAGCGACUGUGGAUACCCAUGCCAGCAGGAGCCCUCCGAGAGGACCGUCACAGUCGUGGUCCCCACACAGACCCUGGAUCUUGUAG